AUGGAUAAGACGAAGCAAAAGCGCGCGGACGACCGCGCGGCGACGCGACGGCGAGAUGGUGGACGCGGACGCGGACGCGAGCGCGAGCGCGAGCGCACGGGUGGGAAUGAUGCGAACGAGGCGGAGACGCUGGGGAUGAGCGCGCAGGCGGCGGCGCGGGCGGCGGCGACGCUGCGGGAGCUGCGGGUGACGACGGCGGCGACGGCUCGCGGGACGGCGGAGGUCGAGGCGCGAGCGGACGUGGAUAGAGAUGAUGUGGUGCGGAAAGCGGGGGCGGCGAUCGGGAAGAAGGGAUUCGCGGAGGCUGUGGUGGCGCGCGCGCUGGAGGCGACGGCGGCGGCGGCGGUGGCGGAGCGGGACGCGGGAGAGGGAUUUAACGAACAGAAGCGACGAGCGAUCGCGCGAGCGAUGGAUUGGUUGAUCCUGAACGCGGAUGAGAGUGAGUUGCCGGAGGUGUUUCGAUCGGAGGCGUCGAAGAAGAGAGGGAGUGGGAAGGGGCGGCGCGGGAGCGCGUCUGGUGAUGGAGACGGCGUCGAAGAGGAGGCUCGCGUGAUCGAGGCGUUCGUUCGAGCAGGAUUCGGCGUUGACGCGGCGCGAGCGGCGCUUCGUGGGGCGAAAAGGGACGUCGACCGCGCCCUGGACGAUCUGUGCGCCGCGCUCGGGCCGAAUCGAGAGGAGGCUCUCGCGGAGGCGAUGGACGCCUUCGCCGACACGGGCUCGGAUUCGGUGACUGAAGAGGAUAUUCGCGAAGUUCUCAGGAACGCGCAGUACGAUGAACUCUCAGAGCUCCCGCGCGAGCUCUACAAGACGAGAGGAUAUAAUCCAGCCUCCGGCACGGCGGUGCUAGAGGUUGAGAUUGCUGGCAUCGUUCAGCUCGGAGCGGCCAAGCAAUACGCCGCAGACGUGAGCGUGAGCUUUAAGAACACUCCACUCUACCCGUUUGAGCUUCCAGGACUGCGGUUCUCGCACCCGACGCUGGAUGUCGAGCGCUCCGUGGCCGUUUCUGCGGCGAUGAUGCGGUACGCGUCAUCUUUGGUCGGUCAACCGAUGAUUGCGGACGUCGUCGAAUGGUUGCAAGGAAGCGGUCCUCUGGAGGCGAUCGAAGAAGCGCGAGAGCGAUCUUUAAUGCCUCCUCCCGAGCCAAAGCAAGCAGGCAAGUCGGUUCCGGUACCCAAGGUUGGGAUAUUUGCCCCACCGCAGCAGUCUAAGGAGGAACGUAAACAGGAACUGGAGCGGAGGCGAAAGCUCGCCGCCGAGGCAGAGAAGACGAGAGCCGAGGUUGAGGCAAAGACGGAGGCCGAGACGCAGAAUAUCGCGGCGGCGAAGACGAAAAAGUUAUCGGAACUCAUUCUCAAGGAAGAGGAGAAACGCGCGAGCGAUCCGCGUGUUCUCGCUGAGAGCGCGCGAAUGAAGGACGAGUUGACGAAGUACUGGAACGAUAAUCCGGAUUCUCCGAUUCUCAGGCAGCGGCAACGACUACCCGCGUGGGCGAAACAGCAGGAGCUGAUCGAUGCUGUCGAGCGUCACCAAGUUCUCAUCGUCGCGGGCGAAACAGGCUGCGGUAAGACGACGCAGUUGCCGCAGUUUAUUCUCGACAACGCCAUUUGGCAAGGUCGAGGAGCGGUCACCAACAUGAUUUGCACGCAGCCGCGAAGGAUCAGCGCGACGAGCGUCGCCGCACGCGUUGCGAACGAGCGCGGUGAGCAGCUUGGUAAGACGGUUGGCUAUAAAAUUCGUUUGGAGGGCUCGAUGAGCUCAAGCACUCGAAUCUUAUUCUGCACGACCGGCGUCUUACUGAGAAGGCUCACCGAGGAUCCGUUGUUGAGUGACGUAAGUCACGUCAUCGUCGAUGAAGUUCACGAGCGUUCGCUCGACUCUGACUUCUUACUCGUUCUCUUACGAGACAUCCUUCCGCAUCGACCGACGCUGAAGGUGGUGCUGAUGUCCGCCACGUUGAACGCUCUCGCCUUUGAGGAUUAUUUCAAGGGCAACUGCGCAGUGAGUCAGAUUCCCGGUUUCACCUAUCCCGUAAGCGAGCACUAUUUGGAAGAUAUCUUGCAAGUCACGGAGUAUCAACCGAAUCCGGGGACUGAGUACUUCAAAAAGGCUCCGCGUCGCAAGGAGAACUUUGAUCCUUCAACUCGGCCGGUUUCGAGUAAGGAUGGGAACAUCCCGGAUGAGGAGUCAUUCCACGUCGCUUUGCGCUCGAAAGGCUAUGGAGAGAACGUCGUUCGCGCGCUCAGGAAUCUCGAGCAAGGAUUGAUAAACUACGAGCUCAUGACGAAGUUGAUAUCGCACAUUUGCGAGUCCAUGGGACCAGGAGCGAUACUUGUUUUCAUGCCUGGAUUGGCUGAAAUCACGAAGCUGUACGAAGCUUGCGGCGACAACGCCGCCGUGAGCGCCGCAACAGCCGGUGGCAAGUAUCUGAUCGCGCUACACAGUACCUUAUCCACCGCCGAGCAAGGUAUUGUGUUCGAUCACGCGCCUGAAGGGGUCCGGAAGAUCGUCAUCGCCACAAACAUUGCGGAGACUUCAAUUACCAUCGAUGAUGUCGUUUAUGUCGUCGACAGUGGUAAGUGCAAAGAGAAUGGAUACGAUCCGAACACUCGAAUGCAGUUAUUGCUCGAGCAGUGGGUCUCUCGCGCGAGUGCGAGGCAACGACGCGGUCGUGCUGGUCGCGUGCAAGCCGGUAGAUGCUUCCGGAUGUACUCGCGUCACGUUCACGAUAAAGUUUUCGCCGAACACACUCUUCCUGAGAUCAGGCGCGUGCCCUUGGAGGGAUUGUGUCUACAAAUUCAACUCCAGCGUAUGGCGGGUGGUAUAGCCGGGUUCUUAAGCAAGGCCCUGGAGCCACCGAAGGUUGAGUCCGUGGAAACGGCGGUUGCGGCGCUCAAACAGCUCGGCGCGCUUGACGAACGAGAAAAUUUGACUCCGCUCGGUCAGCACUUGGCGACUUUACCCGUUGACGUGCGUGUCGGUAAAAUGCUUCUCUACGGCUCAAUGCUAGGGUGUCUGGAUCCUGUGCUCACGAUCGCUGCUGUUCUGAGUGGAAGGUCUCCGUUUGUCGCGCCCCUUGACAAGCGAGAUGAGGCAGAUCUGGCAAAGAAGCUCUUUGCCGAGGAUCAAUCCGAUCAUCUCACGAUCUUGAACGCCUACAACGGCUGGCAAGAGGCAAAACAAGCCGGAAGAUCUUCCGAGUUUACGUUCACGCGCGAAAACUUCCUCUCAUGGCGAGCUCUUGAAGGAAUCGCCGACUUACGGACGCAGUUCACACAGCUUCUCAACGAGUCUGGUUUCUUAGCAUCAAACGGUAAGAAGAAGCGAGAUGGAGCGCGAUAUCGCGGGCGGCAGCGAGGCGCACUUUUGAAGACGGAUCCAGAGUGGGUCAAGGCGAAUCGGAAUGCUGACAACAAACGCCUGUUGAAAUCCAUCCUGGUUGCCGGUUUGUAUCCGAACUUGAUCAAGGUGGAACCUGGAUUCCGCGCAGACGCCCCACCGCGACUCACGUUUCUGGCUGAGAACGGGCGCACUGAAAAGAUUCAGAUUCACCCGUCGAGUGUUAAUUUUGAGGCGAAGAAGUUCAUCACGAAAUGGCUCGUGUACCACGAGCGCGUUCAAACGACAGCCAUCUACGUUCGCGACUGCACCGCCGUCACGCCGUAUCAGCUCUUGCUGUUUGGAGGAAAGAUAGAGGUUCAACACGCUCAAGGUACGAUUAGCAUCGACCGAUGGGCGACGUUCCAAGCCCCCGCAAAAGUUGGCGUUCUCUUGAAAGAGAUUCGUAACCAACUCGAUCGAGUGCUGGCGACGAAGAUUGAAAACGUCGGCAAGGACCUGGGCGAGCUCUCGGAUCCGCUCGUCGCCACCAUUCUAGAGCUCUUAAACGGUGAAAAGAUCGCGAAAACGACGCCGAAAACGAAUUGA